UUAAUGUCUUUCUUUGUUGUUUUUUUGGUAGGGAAAGACGAAAGAUCUCAAAUCAAAAUGUCUUGAUUAAUUUUGAUACGUUUUUUGUUUUUUUUAAGCAUCUGUGAUUUAUUUAUUUAAUUUAAUUUUAAAUUUUUCGAUUUGUGAAUUUGUUACCAACAUGGAAAGCGACAAAGAAAAAGUCGUUGAUGUUGGUGAAUAUUCCUAUCAAAAAAGUGAUCUCAUUGGACAUGGAGCUUUUGCAAUUGUUUACAAAGGUAAACAUAAAAGUAAAGAUCUUCCAGUCGCAAUUAAAGCAAUUGCUAAAAAGAAUCUUCAAAAAAGUAAAAAUAUUUUAACUAGAGAAAUUAAUGUUCUUGGCCAGUUAACUCAGCUACACCAUCAAAAUGUGGUAGCUUUAUAUGGUGCCCAUGAAACAGUUGACCAUGUUUAUCUUGUCAUGGAAUAUUGUAACCGUUCUGAUUUGGCUGAUUAUCUUCAUAAGAUGGGUUGUCUUUGUGAAGAUACCAUUAAAUUAUUUCUUAAACAGCUUGCCGAGGCGAUGAAAGCUCUCCAUCAACAAGGAAUAGUUCAUCGUGAUCUUAAGCCUCAAAAUAUUCUUCUUUGUUCUAAGAAACCCUGCCCAAGCCCUCACGAGAUCGUCCUAAAAAUUGCCGAUUUUGGUUUUGCCAGAUUCCUGCUUGAUGGAGCCAUGGCUGCUACAUUGUGUGGAUCUCCUGUGUACAUGGCUCCAGAGGUAAUUAUGUCUCUCCAAUACGGUGCCAAAGCUGAUCUUUGGAGUAUCGGUACAAUCGUUUUUCAAUGUUUAACUGGCAAGGCCCCCUUCAAUGCCAAAUCGCCUCCUGCUUUGAAACAUUUUUACGAGAAAAAUGUUAAUUUGGUUCCAAAAAUUCCUCCUGGAACUUCAAAAUAUUUGUCAGAUCUUCUCAAUGGCCUGCUUAAACGUGAUCCAAAAGAUCGAAUGGAUUUUGAUGCAUUCUUUAACCAUGAUUUUAUAAGACAUUCCCCUGUCGAAUCACAAGUUGAAGUUGUUCCUUCAGUUCCACCACCACCACCGCCACCGCUACCGCCGCCACCACCUCCAACUCUAAAAACUCCAAAAAUUCAUCAACCAGCCAGAACAAGCCAUCGUAAACCUCCAGAAUUGCCAACUGAGCCAAGAUCUCCAAUUAAAAGUGAGCCAAGAUUGCCAACUAAAAGCGAGCCGAAGAUUCCUGCUCCAACAAAUGCUGAAGACCCAGGGGAAUUUGACGAUUUUGUCUUUGUCCCAUUAACGGGCUUCGACGAUAAACCUGUUGAAAUCAGUUAUACGAAACCAAUGCCAACUAAAUCUGCUAGAAGAAGGAAGGUUAGCUCAGUCAACAGCAUGUCCACUGAUUUGAUUUCUUAUAUUAACAAAUUUAAGAAAUCUAAGCCUGUUCCCAGUAACAAAAAUGUUUACGCUAAUAUCCGUAACAGUUAUCAAUCAUCAGGAAUUGUUACUGAUAGCGGAUCUGAUCUCCCUUCGGUCAAUACUUCCGAUAAUAGCAAUCGUAACCUCAGUGGAAAGGGAGGAUCAUCUCUUUCUUUAGACGAAAAAUUUGGCCUACAAUACGAUUCAAAUUCUUCUGGAAGCUCAAGUAAUCGCUUCAUCACUGACAUCAGUCAACUAUCACCACCUACAGUACAAUUUAUCAUUGGCACUCCAACCGGAUUAGUCUCUGGCUCAUUUACAGCUAAUCGUCGUUGUAGUGCACCUCUCAAUAUAAAAGAUCUUCAGAGUGGUAAGGCCGAGUUAACCUACAUACCUGCCCUUCGCUCUCCAGAUCUUCGUCAUCGGCCAUUUGGUCACCAUGCACAAUCUCAUUCAGCAACCAGUAAUGCUCUGGUUUCUCAAUGUAACUCAUCUCUCAUGAAAUUGACUUUUCAUGAUAGUCCUGAAAAACCAGGACGGGGACCAGGUCUUCCUCAAUAUCGACAUAGCUUUAGUUUUGGAUCACACUCAAGUGGCCAUAAGGCGGCCAUUCUACUUAAAGAUAUUGGCAGAUUCAAUAGUUCAAACGCAUUAGCACUUCCCAAUCAUCCUUCAGGCUCAUCUGAACCCCAAAGAGGUUACUCAAUUUACGCUCAAUUUUCUGAUCGAAACUCUGCUGAGGCAUCUCUACGCUUUCUCGAGGACUUGCGUCGCUUUGAUGUGCCUGAAUUACCCGAGGAAACUUUACUUGACAAGGAGCAUAACGAAACACUCACCCGGCUCAAUUUUGUUUCUUCAUUGGCUGAAUGUAUUGUAAAAUUGGCAGAGCAUCGUGAAAAUACAUUGAGCCUCUUGGCUGAGAGCUCUAUACCAGAGAUAACGCUACCAAGUCAAAGGCAAGCGGAGAAACUUGCUCUUUAUACUCGAGCUUUGCAUUUUGUUUCAUCUGCUUUGUCACUUUCAAGAUCUGAGAUUACCGCUGGAAAGCUCACCUCAUCAUCAUCAGUUCGACAAGUCCUUAAUACCUUGAAAUCACUCUAUUACAAAUGCAUUGAGAAUUGCGAAGCUCUAACUCAGGAUACACUAUUAGCUUCCACGGAUAGCCAAGAUUUGGAAAACGUUUCUGCUGACAAUUUAAUCUAUGAUCAUGCUAUUCAAAUGGUUAAAUCAGCAGCUACUGAAGAAUUGAUUGGUGAUAUGCAAGUAUGCAUUCAAAAAUAUCAAACAGCUCAAAUACUGUUACACAGUUUAUCGCAACAACCAAACAUGAUUGUCGAUAAGGAAUUUCUUCAUCGAUAUAAGGAUGCUGUUGAAAAGAGACUCUAUCAUCUUCACCGUGAAGGCUAUGUUAUCCCAAUGGACACCUCAAUAACUCCCUAACAAAAUUGAUAACUCAAAAAAUGUCAAUGUCUUCCUGUGUUUCAGAAAUUCAUUGUCCGCGCAACAUAAAUUAACAAAAAAAACAUUUUGGCCAAGUAUUAUGAAUUUAACGUGAAUCAGGCGAGAAGCUAUUAGCUCAAAUCGUGUUCAUUCCUGAUUCGAAACAAUUUAAGUGCUCAUUAUUUGUAACUGAUUGUGAUGUAGCAAGUGAGAAUUUUUUUUUAAAUUAUUUCUACAAGCUUGAAUAUUAUCAAGAAUCAAUAAUAAUAAAAUAUUUAGUGAUAUUUUUUACCCGAAAAA